AUGGCUCGUGGAAAGAUCCAAAUGAAAAGAAUUGAAAAUCCGGUGCACCGGCAGGUGACCUUCUGCAAGCGCCGAGCUGGGCUUCUUAAGAAGGCUAAGGAGCUCUCUGUGCUAUGUGAUGCUGAGAUUGGAGUUUUCAUUUUCUCCUCCCGUGGGAAGUUCUAUGAACUAGCUACUAAAGGAAGCAUGCAGGAUUUGAUUGAGAGGUACAUCAAGUGUAGCUGGUCCGGAGUUCAAACUCAACAACCUAGAGAUAAGCAAAUUAUGGAUCUAAAGGAGGAGAUUAGCAGGCUGAAGCGUGAGAUUGAUGUGCUUCAGAGAGGGCUGAGAUACAUAUCCGGAGGAGGAGCUAGCACUACGACGUUUGAUGGAUUGAAUGAUCUCGAGAAACAUCUUGAAGUAUAUGUAUAUCAAAUCCGUUCGACAAAGGGAUCUAUUUUUGGAUCAUCCUGGAAUGUUCUAAUUUUCAUGAUUGUAAUUAUUUGGUUUGGAAUUGAUUCCCGACCAUCAUCCUGGGAUGGUGGGUAA